AUGAAUUUGGAUUUUAAUGAUAUGGGCUUGGAUUAUGGGCUUGGUUCAAUUGCUCGAGGUCAUAAUCCAACGGUAAAUAAUCCCGAUAAACAAAAUCCUGAAAUACCAAAAUCCUGGAAUAGCACAAAUCUCAACAAGUUCCAAAAAGUGUGUUCAAAUAGGUUAGAUAGUGUGAAAUAG